UUGACAACACUUGUCCAGCAGAAUCAGCAGGUUGUGCAGGAGUCAGCCGUGUCCUUGCCUGUUAUAUUGAUAACAUACAAAAACACAAAUCAUUCCAUUAAUUGCGAAGCCAGAGGGCAGGGCAACUGUCACACGUUUCACCUACCUUGCGUAGACUCGUACGAUACUUGCGUACGUCGACCACGUCCCGCACAUCUGCAGCGAGACUCUAUUAUCCCUAGCGGACAGGAGAGCCGUGCAAGAGCUGCUGGCGGGGAUUCCGCAGUCGCUGCGGUUCGACGACUUCCAGUCCACGCUGCUCUACAGCUUCUUGCUCUUGUUCACAAUCAACAUUGUUCUCAUCUGCAUUGCCUGGAGUGUGUUUGGAAAGAGCAUUUGUGAACGGUUUAUGAAACCAGCUACUUCUAAGGCUAUCGAAGAAUUAAAAGCAAGUGUAUCGAGACUAAAACUUCCCAAAGAACACACACCACGGAUCUAACUCACAAGUUUCAAAUAUUUCACACAAUGGCAGAGAAAAUCAAGAAGUAUUUUCAGAAGAAGAAGACAGAGGCUAAAUUCAAACUAGCUGGACCUGGACAUAAGUUAACUGAAGAUACAGCCAUUGUUGGGCCAAGCAAGAAGAACCAAAAAGGUGCAUAUCAACCACCACCAGCAAAUAGAUCUGUCACUGAAGCAAAUCAACAUGCUGCCAUUGCAGCAAUGGCCAGAAUUAACAGUCAGGCUAAAAGUUCUGCUUUUAAUACAUCCCUGGCUGCAAUUCAAGCACAAGUCAAAAGAGAACUUGAAGCUGAAAAGAAAAGUGAGCUGGAAGCAAUGUCUUCUUCAUCAAGAGGACCAACAACCACAGAAUUGGAAGCUUCACCAUUACUGGCUGCCAAAGGUGUAUUUUUCAAAUGUCCUUUGAUAAGUGAGGAGAUUUUGAGUAGAGAUGAAUGGAAAGUGAAGAUUAAGGAGUUCUUAAUUGAGCAACUAGAAGAAGAAAGAGGAAUUACUGCUUGUCUUAUGAUCCAGAGUUGCAAUUAUAAUAGGAGUAAAGUGUCAGAUUGCAUAGAUAUUUUAUGUAAAUACCUUGAAAAUAUACUGGCGAAUCCAGAAGAGACGAAAUUCCAUAAAAUUCGCUGUUCUAAUGCAGCGUUUCGUGAUAAAGUUCUACCGCUCUUCGGAGCAGUGGAAUUAUUAGAAGGAGCAGGUUUCCGAAAACAAACACUCAAGCAUAAUGAUGCUGACGAGGAGUUUUAUGUGUUUGAUGCAACCAAUAUUCCAGAAAUUGGUACUUUAGAGUUUUUAAGAGAUGCUCUCCGCUCUGAAGACAGAAUCGAGCUGGAAUUAGAACGAAAUCUUCAAGUUUUGUCGCCAUCGCAAGCAGCGCAGCGUUGCAACCUGCCCACGGAGUUCUACGCGAUGACAGCUGAUGAACUCAAACGUGAACAGCAGCGGAAAGUUGAUGCAGCUGAAAAACAAUUGGAAUUACGUACGAAGGCGAUGCGUGAAAAGGACGAAUUGAGAGAAAUCAGGAAGUAUAAGUUUGCUAUCAUUAGAGUACGAUUCCCAGAUGGAUUAUUCCUACAAGGAACAUUUUCGGUUUAUGAAAAAUUCUCGGAAGUAAUGGAUUUUGUCCAAGAAAACGUCGAAGAUGAAUGUCCCAAUUUCAUUCUAUCCUCGCCAACCGGACACCGCCUUGAAGAAACCGACAGGGAUAGCAGCCUUUUUGAUUUGAGACUUGUACCAGCAACGAUUUUAUCCUUUCAAUGGAAGGACGACGCUAUGAAUCAAGUGGGUUUCCUCAAACCUGAAGUGAUGGUCCUAAUUCAAUCAAUGUAAUGUUAAACUAUUUUCUCACCGAUGUUUACCCAGCCUAUGAUAACCAAAUAUUAGAGACUUAUUUAUAAUCAAUAACUUUUUUCACAAAAAUCAUUUUAAUGUUGUUAAUAACUCACUACGAAGAACUAAUCAAGGAUUAUGUUUCACAAGGAAUCUAGAAAAUAAAAUGUUACAAGUUGUGGCUUGCGUUCAUA